CUCAAUUUGGCCCUUCUUCCAACGCCGCUUUCCGCCUUCUCUUUGCCUGCGGGCUCUUGGAGCCAUCGACCCUCCUUUUCAUCACCUAUCGCUUCCUCUUCUUUUCUGCCUGUGGCUGGGGCUUCGGGAGACCGUGAUGUCUUCGUGCGCGAGCUCUGCAACGGCGACUUUGACGAGCGUGUUGACCCUCGAGCUGCUGACGACCACAUUCACAUCUUCUUUAACUACGCUACCGCCCACAUUCACCACAAUAACGUCGCAGGGUUGUGCAUUGGGAAAUCUGAGCGAUGUUGCCUGUCUGUCUACGGCUACGACAAUCACAUCGACUAUCCCAGGUAUCACGUCGACGGUGGACGUCCCGGUGAUCACGACUGUGCCCAGUCUGAGCACGCAUAUUACGACACUCUUCGGCACAUCAUGUUCUGCGUCUGCGUCUGUGUCUCUACCUGUAUCGUCAAGCCGAAGUGUCAUAUCGACGCCACCGCCCCCGCCGUCUCCUAGUGUCACACCCUCGAGCUCAAUGUCCGCCGUCGUUGUUACUAGCCAGCAAUCGAGUACUCUGGCAAAUGGACAAGUCACAGUGGUCCCGCUCACCGUUGUAUCCGUCGUAUCCGGAUCGAUCACAUACGUUACCGCCGCUGCCUCUGCCGACCCCCACACGCAAACGAACACAGAUGGUGGCAGUCCACCCACGAUUGGACCUAUCAUCGGUGGCGUCCUAGGGGGUUUCUUUGGGCUAUUUGCCAUCGUGUCGAUAAUCUGGUUUGUGCUGCGACGAAGACAGCGAUGGGACGACAUCUUCAAUGAAGAAAGGCCACCUGCGCCCGCUAAGCGCUUCUCCUUGGAUCCCGAAGUGGAGCCCAAACCUUACCAAUAUGGGCUGGUUGGCCAGGCGAGGACGCCUCCGUCCGCAUCUGGCUUUUCACCUCCGAAUUCUCCGCCAGCGUCCUCGGCAAAUCGCCACCCUACGCCUGGGCUCAUGCCACUCAAUCUCCCACGCACUGUCUCUAGCCCCGGAUUCAGUGCCACUACGGCUUCGUCUCGACCUUCCUCCGCUGGUUCGAUGCGACCACUCGAUCCAGGGGCGCAUCUCUCCGGCCACGGACACAACACGAGCAAGGGAAGCAUCGGAGAUGGCGCGGUACCGGCCAUCCCCUAUAACUGGGGACACCACAGUCCCAGCCCUAGUGCCGAUCAAGCGUACUUCGAUCGCGCUGGGUCGCCGACAAGUGUGCGAGAGUACGAUCCCCCGAGGAGACUUAUGCUCGCAAACGGGAGCACGCACGACCCGCCGUCGCCGUCGUCAUCGCCACCCCGCACGCGCUCCGCGCUCAAUACCUCGGACUCUGAAGCUGCGGUGCACCCAGGUGCUGGCCGUGCAUCCACCUCAUAGCAUUACUCUCCGUUUCGUUCGUUUAUUUUUCCAGGCUGGCUUCGCCUCGUGUCACUUUACUUUACCGGGAUGCGACUCGCCCCGUGUGCACUGCGCGCAUUGGGCUGAUGAUUACGCUCCCGUCGUCGUAUAUAUAUAUUUACGGUUCCCGUCAUCCACCCAUUUUCGCGCUGUAGAAAUAGAGUUCGCAUCGGCAUACAACAACAACCGCGGGCAGACGGUGGCCGCAGCUGCCAUGGCGACGCCCUGCACACAAUAAGUUAUGUAAGCGGGGAUUGCUGUACAAAGAUGCGCAAAUAAACUUGUAUGUCCUGCGCAAGCCACAUCGCGCUCGUAACUCAUGCAUUCUCGAGUUGUGAAACGCGUCUCCAAGGCGGGUAUUGAUCCACGAAGCAGCGUAGCGACCGACGAAAGUCCUUUGUGCCUAAACAGGAAGGGCGGGACUUCCGAACACCCGGGGAUACGUGAGUCAAAGAAUGGACGUCCUUGUGUGUUUGGUCCUGUUCGGCAUAAUGGGCAAGCUAGCCGCCGAACGAUAAAAAGGAACGCUGCCGGGUUGACUUCUCCAGUGGUCUUCCACAUAAACAAGCUACCCAGCCAACUCUCUACUUCCACCCUUGUCUCCUUCUUGGUGUCGGGACACCCCUUGUUUUCUUUCUUUCAUUACUUGACGUUACCGCACCGACUUCUCACGCCCCCGCCCACGCACGACCACGUCUAGAGCUUGACUCUUUCUUUCUUUUUGACAAACCACUUUCACUUGCUGCCUCUCUAAAACCUUUUCAACGAACUUCCCAUCGCCAUCUUUUUGCACCCUCACAUCAUGCCCAUGAACUUCUCUCGCAUCAUCUUCGUCGGGCUCAACGCCGUCCGUCUCCUCAGCAUCGUCGGACUGCUUCUCGUUUUCGCGUCCUCCAUCGAGGUCAUGGUCACGAACAUCAAGGCUGUGAACGCGUUCCAGGCGGACCGGAUCGCCAAUGGCACGAGCCCCAUGCUGGAUUGUGAUUACAUCGAAGGAAGCACCGUUCCCAACCAGGCCGCCGGCGUCUUCUGGUCUGUCGUUGCUAGCCUGCUCAUCAUCUUCCAAGUUGUCAUUUUGCUCCUCUCCGAGUUCCGCUGGCCUUCGUCAUUUUUUGAUCGGUUCUUCCCGGUGCUAGGAAACGACUUCGGCCUCGGCGCCUUAGGGAUCUUCCAGUGCCUCAUCGGCGCCCAGAUUCUUUCUCACCAUGUCGACGACUUUACGCUAGUCUCCGCGUUCUUCCUGUUCUCCAUCGGGUGCCUGAACAUUUUCCUUGGCUUGAUCUUCCGCGAGAGCGCCAAGUCCCGUCGUUCACUGCGCGCCAAACGUCAGCAGGACAGGGGCAUUAUCACGGGAGAUAUGGGGUCGUUCGCGCCGCAAUUCGUACCUGUCUACCCGACUACGAUGAUGGAGAAACCUGUGCAGGAGACGGCGUCUCUUGGCUCAUUCAAGAGCACCGCCAAGUCCAACAUGGGCUUCGGGCGCCAGGGCGAGAAGGCCGCGGCCAUCCGCGGAUUCAUGCUCCAGCGCCCUGAGGAAUCGCUGCCGCGAUAUGCCUCGCCUUCUCCGAGCUUCAACAACAACGCCCACGAGGAGAAGGCCAGCCCUCGCCCGUCGCGCGUCCCGUCGCAGCAGAGCCGCUCGGCCCGCAGCGCCGGCUCGUCGCGCAGCUCGUCGCACUCGUCCCGCUCAUCCCGCUCGUCGUACGCCAGCGAGGUCGAGACGUCAUCGAGCUUCGCGUCGCCGAUGUCGUACCGCGACACGAUCCAGAUCCCCGACUCGCCCCGCCCCGGCGAGGAAGACGCGCACACUAUGCCUGUGCCGUUUCACGCGCAGGCGCCCCUCCCGAAGUACGGCCGCGUGCACGGCAAAUUCUGAGGGUCCCUUGACGGCUCACUCACUCACUCGCUCACUCAAAAGACCAGCUGGAGGAUCGCAUGUCGAUUCACGGACUGAUAAUGCCAUUUAGACUGCUACUGGCUCUCACACACACCUACCACGCCCCCUUGCACGUACCCUCCGGACUUUUUGACGCCCACGUGACGCGCUCCCUGCAUACUGUACAUACAUGCAUCUUAAUCGAGAGCUUGACUGCUCUGUGUACCUACCUGCCUACCUGUAUCUUCCUUCUUCCCUGUAUUACAAGCAAAGAUCUAAUCGAUUGUUGUGUUGCUGCAAACCAUUGAUCAUUGAUAAGAUUAGAUGCGCAUGCUUUACUGGACAGGAUGGUCCGUGGCACGAGUGCUACAAAUUCUCUGUGCUCGGCUACCGCCGCCGAGAAGUCGCGGAGGAUUGGAGUCAUUUUUCCUGUGAUGUCGCGCGAUCAGUGGUCAGCGACCUGCCAAGCUCAUCGUAUGCAGACGCUUCCUCUCAGGCUGUUUGCGAGUGAGAAAACGCCGGGGGAACAGGAGACACACGGAGAGUGAAGCCCGCCGGCUCUUCGUUCAACCGCAGCAGGGGAGAGCAAUCUAUCAAGCUUCAGACCGCUCGGAAGUCGAAUCCUGAUCCCGAUGGGUGCGCGGCCUGCAGAAGCGGAAUGCAUUCAUUCAGUUACGAUCUACCGUGGGGAGCGGGCCCGAAGCAUCCCAUCCCAGUCCAUCCAAUCGCAUGCGCCGCUCGACUUGCCGGACAGGACUCGAAGGAAGACGCGGAUCUCAAGUGGCCGUUGCAGACACAUUGGCACGGAUGCUUUUCUCUGACGGUCCCUCUGCGGUGCCGAGUCGAUUCUGGCCGCCGCCGUCCUGCACGUACUCAAACUUCCGCGAAUCUAGCGUGAAUGUCACCGGACCCUAAGAUGCAGAAGCAUGAGCGACGGGAUCAUCUUUGAUACAGCUCAGUGCCUAGACACACACCUCGUUCGUGAGCGCCACAUCCAUCAUCGCCCCGAACCUGCCGUCUGGCGUCGUAGUGUCAGCGACCGCAGCGCGCUCGAAUGCUCGCACCCGCCGAACCUUGUAUCUUCUCGGCUUUGUAUAAUUUCCGGAGAGCGUCUAAAAAUGUCUGAUACAGCGCACGUGACUGAUCACUUGACUGAUCUGCAGGUCAAGCUGCUGGUGGGAGAGAGAGCGAAGCCAUCAUCAUGACGAACCAUGGCGUUGUGAAAAUCAGGUUUGUUGCCCUUCUUGGUAUCUGCGAUCAAAGUAAACUGGGAAACACAGAGAACCUCUCCGUCGAUGUCUUUAACGUUUGCUUUCCAGGCUUUGGAAGGAUCUUGCGAGUCGGGGAACACACGUAGAGAAAGUCUAGAUGGAUGCCAUAUAUUAGGGCAUUGCGUUGAAGUCUGCAUCCGACUGCGAGACACCGUUUACCGUCGGCAGCCGACGAGUGACCACUCACAUCUUGUUUGUCAGUGUCGCGACAUCGGUAGCAGUGUCAUCUGCUCCUGGAAUGUGAGAAGGAUGGAGAGGCGCGCAAAUUUGGCAGUUGAAUGCACCUCGCGAUAUUCCGACGAGAACCAUGAGGCCCUUGGAUAUGUGAGAAAUCACCUGCCCGUCCACUGAGGAGCAGUUGAGCGACGGAGAGAGCGGAGACAUUGUGUACCUGCUACGGAGGCAGAUGCCACACGUUGGAUUACUGCUCGCAUGCUCGCUUUCCGGCGAUGUCACGGUUGGGGAAAACAAGCUCGACCCUCUGCGCCAGGAAGACGGCGAGUCACGUCUCACGGUCACGUCUCGUGACAUCUCGUGACGCACGCGUCUGACCUCUUUCAACACGACCAUCAUGACCGAUUCAGUCAUUCUGGAGACAAGUCUAGGCGAUGUCCAGUUUGAACUAUACUGGGACCAUGCUCCCAAGACAUGUAAAAACUUUCUUGAACUCGCAAAACGCGGGUACUACAAUGGUGUAGUAUUCCAUCGAGUGAUCGCGGAUUUUAUGAUUCAGGGAGGGGAUCCCACCGGGACUGGACGCGGCGGUACCAGCAUUUAUGGCCAGAAAUUCGAGGACGAAAUCAGCUCCGAACUGCGUUUCACAGGCGCGGGCAUUCUGGCGAUGGCGAAUUCUGGCGCGAACACGAACGGUUCUCAGUUCUUCAUCACUCUAUCGCCGACUCCAUAUCUCGAUAACAAACAUACUAUCUUUGGUCGCGUGAGCUCAGGGAUGCGCGUUGUGCAGCGAUUGGGAGCCGUCGCCACGAAUGAACAGGACAGGCCGAUUGAGGACGUAAAAAUACAUAAGGCUCGUGUAUCGUAGAAUACCGGACUGGACGCGCAGCCGACACACCCUUUUGUCUGCGCUUAUUCUGGGAUGAUGAGCAUAGGCUCCUGAAGAAGCUGCCCCAUCGAGUGUCCUCGCCCUACUUUCGUCUCCCCAGCCAUUGGCUCCUCCGGGUAUCGCGUGAAGAAGAACGAACCUCUAUGAUUGGAAGCAGGAAAAUAUCAUCUUGGAACCCAGCCUUCUGGAUGUGUUGAGACUAUUGCAACGGGCUACUAUUUUCCACAUUGUGGGGCAUGAUACAUUGUCGAACAGCAGGGCAGGAGGAGACAACUGG